AUGCUAUUCAAGGAUGAGGACGUUGAUGAGGAUGAUAAGAUCAACAUUGAAGUUCAGCCCAUGGACUUUAAACCUAUUGAAUCGCAAUCUACAGUUCAAACCCAUGAUAUUAGCACAGAACUAGCACAAAUUAUAGAUGAAUGUCUUGACAAUUCGGUUGAUCACCUCCAAUUAUCAACACUUCACGAUGGAAUUCCUCAUCCUAUUUCAUUAGAAGCGAUUAGUACUAGUUUAAAUCAAGAAAAAAUAAUUGUAGAUGACUCAAGUGCCGUGGAUACUAUGCUUCACGUACAGUUGCCCAAAUUUCUCCCCAUGUUGGACAAGGAAUCCACUAUCGCCGCUUCAAGGGGCAAUAAUAUUGCACAACAGAAGCAAUUUGAUAGAAAAAAUGAGACAAUUGAAUACAAUUAUGCUGCAUCUACUGUGAAUGAACUGCCAAGUGGGUACCUAGGCAAACUGAGGGUCUACCGAAAUGGCACCAGAACGCUGGACAUUGGGGGAACGUUAUAUAAAGUGACAGAAGGGACUCAUAGUACAUCAGCUCAAAAAUUCGCAUGUUAUAUGCCAGAAACGGAAGAAUUUGUGCUUUUGGGUGCCUGUAACAGAUGCGUAACAGUAUCAGUUGAUGUAAAUGCAAUGCUGUUCCAGAAUGAACAUUAA